AUGGCCUCGCGACAGCAACCACCAGGAGCUGCUCUUCGCUCCACUGCUAAAGUCGAGGAUGAUAGUACCGAGCAGCAAGGUACUCAACGCCAACUCGAGCACUCAAGACUCGAGAAGUCGCAAAAAGAAGCAUCGCACGAAGAGCUCCCGGACGGCCGCCGGUCACCAGCAGGUUACGCGCUGCUCGUCGACCAGGUGAAGGAUCUAAAGAGCCGCAUGCUGGAUGGACUCGGACUCGACCAGCUGCAGAGCUUUCUCAAGAUAUGGGGAGAUUGCUCUGCCAAGAGGGAAACCAUCAGCAUAUGCGGUCGACUGUCGGAUGCCGGCCUCGGUUGGACGAUCUUGGCUGUACCCCUGUGGCAUGUCCAUGACACUCUGACCAAGGACGAUCCUUGCAUGAUGGAACUACUCACAAACUUCGCGAACACCCUCCGAGACCUCGAGGCCCAACCCAAGAACAUACUCGCGCACUCCGGCUCCAAGUUCGUGGUCUACAACAUUUUGUAUGGUGCCUACACCUCUCGCAUGCUAUCGAAUCAAGCAGUCAGCCUCUGGGAGCUGUGCCUCAUGUUCCACAACUCCCCAAUGUUCGAAGGCCUGGCUAGAUACUUCGACGACUGGGUCCGUACCAGCGCUGUUGUCCGAGAGCGUAGUGGAUUCACUGGCGCGACCAUGACCGCGUUGUGUGACUUCCUGUCACGUACGGAGCAAGAGCGUUGUGGUAUGCCUCACAUCUUGAUCCAUGUCAUGGCGGAGAUCUCGGCGUGGGACGCACUGGAAGAGAUACGCGCCAGAGGUGUUGACCCGGAUGUUACGAGCUUGGGGGUAUCACUGUCAACUCAACAGCAGGACGCUCGCCAGGGCACCGGUGGUGACUCUCUGGCAGAGUCACGCCCAACGCAAGACUACGAGCAAUACAUCAGAGUGAGUUCUGUUAAGUCAAGCUCGCUGCGGUCUUCUAAUCUAUCGGGAGCUCAAUUACGCUUCACGUCCGUUCUAUCCAUGGGAAAUUGCCGGCUUCAAGCUGGCAUUGUGCAUUACAUAUCUACGCAUGACUGCUGGCAGCAUCGACAGGCGAUACCGAAAGUUCAUAAUCCUCGUGGCGGCCUUCUCAACGCUUGCCCAGACAGCCUUCGUUUUCGUCUAUCUGUUCCACUGCUCACCGGUAUGCAGCAGGAAGCUUCAGCCUCCAUGGAACGAAGCGCAACUCGAACCAUCGGCGGUGGGUACGUCCUGCGACAAAGCAAGAGUUGGAAGCAGCCACCAGGGCACAAACGCCAAUGGUCAGCGCUCAAGGUCGAGUGCGUGCCGCCUUCUGGCGCCGGGGGAAGCAAAGAAGACAUCUUUAGAAAGACCAAAGACUUCGAAAGAUCCGACAGUCUGCCGUCCGCCUUGAGUCUGCCAUCGCCAAUGAGCUUCGAUCAACCAGAGCCGACACAUACUAGGCCGGAAAGUGGCGAAUCAGCGUGGGCUGUGUAUAAGACUGUGCAAGUCGAUGUUGAGAGCACGUACCUAAGGAAGCCAACUUCCGACACGACGCUACUCGACCUUGGAAGGGGCGUGCACCGCCGGGAAGAGUGGUCAUUGCCGACACAGCGCCCUUGA